UUUGGCACCGGUUCCUGGGUGGCCAUCAACGGCGUUUGGGUUGAGCUUCCCCUUCUGGUCAACGAAUUGCCUGAAGGCUGGUAUCUCCCUUCCUACCUCACCAUCAUCAUCCAACUGGCCAAUCUCGGGCCUCUCUUUGUCACCCUCAUGCACAAACUGAAGCCGGGUGUGUUGAAGGAGGCGCCGGUGAUUUGCGUGGUGGUCUCCAUGGGCAUCCUCGCUCUCUUCCUCCUGGCUUUCCUUUGGCAUUACACCACGCCCGUCGCUGGAGAACCUCACAGCGUGUCUUUCUUUGUUCUCACCUUCUUCCUCUCGCUGGUGGACUGCACCUCGUCCGUCACCUUCCUGCCUUUCAUGGCUCGCUUCCACCCGCGGUACGUCCCCACCCUCUUCAUCGGGGAAGGGCUCAGUGGCUUCAUCCCAGCUCUCUUCGCCCUGGCCCAGGGCGCCGGCAUUGCCACCUGCGUCCAGGUCCCAGGGCCGACCUUGAACGCCAGCCUGGGCAACUCUUCGUGGGCCAACGCCACAGGAGCUGAGGACUCCCUGCCUAUGGAGACACACUACUCUCCGGCCAACUUCUCCAGCUUGGUCUUCUUCCUCCUCCUCUCGGCCAUGAUGUCCUUCUGCCUGGUGGCCUUCGUCUUCCUCAACUGGCAGCCCCAGUCAUGGGACCUUUCCAGGCAGGAUUUAUGCUCCAGCGAGAUCACCCUGAACUCGAUCCAGAACGUUCCCGCGGGCAAGGAGGAACCGGACAACUCGACGGGAGGCCCAACCUACUCUACGGAGAGAAGGAUGGAGAACGUCAAUGAAGAGGGCCCAAGAGACGAGAAGGUCCUGUAUGCCGGCUCCAAAUUGGUCUUCAUCUAUUUCCUUAUCACUUGGCUGAAUGCCCUGACCAACGGCAUCCUCCCCUCCGUGCAAAGCUACUCCUGCUUGCCUUACGGCAACCUGGCGUACCAUCUGGCGGCCACCUUGAGCUCCAUGGCCAACCCUCUCGCCUGCACCGUGGCCACCUUCCUACCCAACAGGUCUCUUCUCUUCCUGGGGAUCCUGACGGCUGCAGGAACUGCCUUCGGGGUCUACAACAUGGCCAUGGCUGUGCUGAGCCCCUGCCCGCUCCUGCAGCACUCCAACUGGGGAGGUGCCCUGAUUGUGAUCUCCUGGGUGUCCUUCACCGGAACCCUCACCUACGUCAAGGUGAUGCUAGGGAUGAUCCUUCGCAGCUGCAGCCACAGUGCCCUGGUCUGGUACGGUGCGGUGGAGCAGCUGGGGUCUCUGCUCGGAGCUGUGCUGAUGUUCCCCUUGGUGAACGUUUACCACUUCUUCCAAUCGGCUGACUUCUGCAGUUUCCAGUGCCCGGCGUGACGUGACGGGAUUCGAGCAGAGAACCUGCCAAGCAUGUCAACCACAUGCAUGAUGGGAAAUAUCACUCAGGAAUAGUCACCCCCC